AUGCAGCGCACACUGAAAUCCCUCGAGGUCAAUCCCUCCGACGAUAUCUGCCCUGUCUGCAAAUCCAACCGCUACCUCAACCCCUCCCUCCAAUUCCUCAUCAACCCAGAAUGCUACCACAAGAUGUGCUCCACCUGCGUCGACCGCAUCUUCACCUCGGGUCCAGCCUCCUGCCCCGUUCCCUACUGCGGCAAGACCCUGCGCAAGAAGGGCUUCCACAAGGCCUUCUUCGGGGACCUGGACGUCGAGAGGGAAUGCGACAUCCGAAAGCGGGUCGGGGGCGUGUUCAACCGACGACAGGAAGAUUUCGAGACGCUGCUCGACUGGAACGACUACUUGGAGGAGGUGGAGAGCCUGAUCUAUGAUCUGGUGCACGGCCAACCGGCGGUGCGCGCCGAGGCCGAGGCGCGGUUGAGAGCCUACAAGGACAGCAACAUGGGCGAGAUCGAGGACAACCGGCGCGCGGGCAUGGAGGAGGUGGAGCUGGAGAGGAGACGGGAGAAUGCCGAGAAGGAGGCGGCGCGACAGCGGCGGCUGGCGGCGGUCAGGGAGGAGGAGGCGGCGAAGAUGGACGUGGCGCAGAGCCGGAGAGACGUCUUGGACAAGCUCGCGACCACGGAUGAGGAUGCGAGGCAGAUUACGAUGCAGGCUCAGAAGAUCAUUCUCAAGAAGAGCGGCGCGAGGAGGCAUCUGGCGGACAACAACACCGCGCUUGCGGGCAACGGGAGUGCGAAUGGAGGACUCACGCUGAGAGGACUUAAGAAGCCAGUGGCGCCAGUGGUGGAGAAGCCGUAUGAUCCCUUCGGAGGUGUGGAUCUUACGCCUUCGCGCUAUGUGCUGCAGAGCGACUACGACAGCGAGUGGCUCUCCAAUGCCAAGACCGACCAGCGACAUAUGGCUGGGGGAUACAGCCUUCAAGAGUACUAUACCCGCACCAUGUUCGAGGCGUUCUCUGGCCUGGGUGUUCUCAUAGAGGAUGAAGUUAAGACUAGACCUCAGCCCGCGGCCCCUUCGUCGCUAGCAACAAUGGCAGCUGUUCCGGCGUCAGGGACCAAGGUGAAGGUCGAAUAUAAAAAGGAGCUCGACGAUGUUUUCUAA